GGCUGCCAGUGCAAUUCACAGCAGUCUUAUUUAAUGGAACAGCACUUGCGGGAAUCACCGGGCUCACAACGCCAGGAUAGUGGUACGGAUCUAGCAAGCAGCGAAUGCUAGUGGGGAAGAAUUCAAGGUCCUCCAAAGGCACGCCGAUGGGUCCCCGGUUUCAUUCUCGUCCGAUAGAGCUUCAGUAUCCAAUAAUACGACAGUAUGAAUCUGGGAUGCAGCGCCCGGGGAAGCACUCAAGGGCACGCCAGUUUGGUCCUCUCAGUCCCCCCCAUCAUAUUCGAUGAAUCCGGGAUUGCCGUACCAUCUUGUGACACAACAGUGGACAUAUGGGACGGGGAAGAACUCAAGGGCCUCCGAGGGUGUACCAGCUUAUUUCACUUGGUCUCAUUCUCACCUGGUGAAUCCACACUAGUUUUAGCACACAAUGAUGAGACAGUACCAACCUGAGAUGCGGUUAACUGGGGAAGAAUUCAAGGUCCGCUCGAUCUCAGGUUCCAUCAGCAACAAGCCCACCCAGGACUCAUCUUCCAACCCGAUUACCGUUCCUAUUGAGCGCUCGUUUGCCGAAGUCAAGCAUGACAGGACAAACCACGUCCCCCUUCAUGCGGUACCCCUCAUUUUAUUACUCCCACUCAUGUGGGCGACCAUUUGGG